CUAAAACCCGUUCUAUUAGGGACACGUUUAACGUCGCCCUCAUCCCGCUUCUUGGGUAAGUUUUUCCAGUAAAGAGGCCGGAUCGGAUUUACCGUACCAACGAGAAAGUCCAGUUCGACCGACCGAGAUGACACAGGAACAUGACAAUAAGCGGGCAGUGUUGGUGCUACAGAAUGAGCCGCCCUAUGGGCAGAGGCGGCCAUUCACCAAUGAGGACGAGGCCUGGAAGUCUUUCCUGGAGAACCCACUGACAGCCGCCACCAAGGCCAUGAUGAGUAUCAAUGGUGACGAAGACAGUGCUGCAGCUCUGGGACUGCUGUAUGACUACUACAAGGUACCACCAGAUACGGUGCCAAGGGAGAAAAGGUCAAUGUCCCAGGCAAAAACCGAUGUGCUGAGUACUGAUGUAGAUCCCAACAAAAGGAACCUGAUGACUCCCUUGCAGGAUGCUUCCUUGGCAGCUCCAGAGAGCCGGAUCCAGGUGCUGAAGAACGUCCCGUUUAACAUCGUGCAGCUGGGACCGGACAAGCGAGCGCCGUUCCCCUCGCCUGACACCACCGUCACCGUAUCCAUCGCCACCGUGCCCAACUACGCCAUGAAGGCCGAGGGGUCGUCGCACGGGUUCACCGUGACCGCGCCCGGCGGAUCUCACUGCCCCGAGACUGACGGCCACGCCGGCGUGUUCAACCACAGCCAGUUCAGCCCCAACCCGCAGCCGCGCACACCCGACUCCACCUUCACCGAGUCCUUCAAGGACGCGCCUCAUGAGGUGUUCUCCUUCCCUGGAGACCUCCAGCUGCGCAUGGCCUCCAUCACACCUGAUGAUUACUCCGCCUUCGACACAGAGUCGGGAAAUAACUUUGAAUACACACUGGAGGCAUCAAAGUCGCUGCGUCAGAAGUCUGGCGAUGGGACAAUGACCUACUUGAACAAAGGCCAAUUCUAUCCCAUCAGCCUCAGGGAAAUUGACAACGGCAAGGUCCUUCACCACCCAAUCAGCAAAGUGCGGAGCGUGGUGAUGGUGGUGUUUGGAGAAGAGAAGUGUAGGGACGACCAACUCAAACACUGGAAGUACUGGCACUCUAGACAACACACUGCUAAGCAGCGCUGCAUUGACAUUGCUGACUACAAGGAAAGUUUCAACACCAUCAGCAAUAUUGAAGAGAUUGCCUACAAUGCCAUCUCUUUCACAUGGGACAUCAAUGAUGAGGCUAAGAUCUUCAUCUCGGUGAACUGCCUGAGCACGGACUUCUCGUCCCAGAAGGGGGUGAAGGGCCUCCCUCUGAACCUGCAGAUCGACACCUACAGCUACAACAACCGCAGCAACAAGCCCAUCCACCGCGCCUACUGCCAGAUCAAGGUGUUCUGCGACAAGGGCGCGGAGCGCAAGAUUCGCGACGAGGAGAGGAAGCAGUCUCGCAGGAAGGGGAAGUGCGAGACCACCCUGGGACCCUUUGCGGACGUGAAGGUCCCUCUUCUACACAAGCGCAGCGACAUCACCACUUUCAAGAUGAUGAGCGACCUGGAAACACAGCCCAUCCUCUUCAUCCCAGACAUCCACUUCUCCAGCUUCCAGAGACAUCCAUUUUCCUCAGAAGAUGGAGAGGAAGGUUCGGCCAUGAAGAGAUUCUCAAACGACGAUGAGUUUGGCUCCCCUCCUAACAAAAUGGCCAGGGCGGAUGAACCCAAAAAAGUGCUGUUAUAUGUGCGAAAGGAGACAGAGGAGGUUUUUGAUGCCCUCAUGCUGAAAACACCCACAAUGAAAGGACUGGUCGAAGCGAUUUCAGAGAAGUACGAGGUGCCUCUGGAGAAAAUGGGGAAAGUGUACAAAAAGUGCAAGAAGGGAAUCCUGGUCAACAUGGAUGACAACAUUAUCAAGCACUACUCCAAUGAGGACACUUUCCAGAUCCACAUCGAGGAGUUGGGGGGCAUGUACAAACUGACCCUGACCGAGAUCUGAGCUGCCUGGGUCCCCAGUGGGCAGAAUAGGUGCACUGGGGUGGCUGGAGACAGGGGCCGGGGGUGUUGGAGGGGGAGAGUGAUGACAGUAUGCACGCUGAGAAGCAGUAAUUUCGCGGCACAGCUGAGUGACUCUGGGGCUGUGUCCGAAACGGCUUACUUACUCAAAACUGCUUGAGUAUGUAGCUUGUAUGCAACUUGUAUACACAACUGCAGGCAAGUAAGCUGUUUCAGACACGGUCUGGGUGUACACAGCAAUUCUGUACUGUGCUUCCUACUUCUUGUCACCUUACUUAUAGUGUACUAAAACUACAUGUGGAUGUGACACCAUACUUUGAACUCUCUGCAUUAUACCCGAGAGUCCCUUUGAAACUAUCUUUGAUUGUUUUUUUGUACAAUGAAGAAGUGAUUAUUGGCUCUCUGGCAACCGCCGGUACAUAUAUACACUCACCUUUAAACUCUUCACAGCUCAUGUAUGUAAACUUGCUGUAAAUACACAAAGUAUCAGUUUUCUAGUGGUUUCUAAAGUUAUCUGAUGAGAAAAGCCUUGUAAAGCAUUUAAGCCACUCCACCAUGCGCUGCCGUGAUGUUGGAGCAAUUGGAUUGGCUAGAGUCUCUCUGCUCUGUUUUGUGUUCUUCGAUUGGUUGCAGUGAGUGAGCUGACACCAUGGGCUCACACCAUCCUCAGCAUUAUUAAUCUGCCUCGAAUCCCCAUUACUGUUGAUAAAUACAGUCUAGUGUGGGUAUCUGGGCAAAUGUCUCUCUUCCUAAUGUGACCAAUCGUUACCCUGGGGGAGCUGGGACGCUGUGCUGUGAUUGGCUACAGGCAUGGUAAAUAAUAGUCAGCUGCUCUGUUUUCAAACAUAACACACCACAGUAUUUAACUUAUAAACUGCAUCUGAACAUUUGACAUUUGCUGACCCGUCAGCUCUUCUGCUCUUUGCAUGAGUGUGUGUGGGUGGUUGUACGUUCAUGCGUGUGUGUAUGUGCGUGUGCGUGUGUUAAUAGGCAGUGAGCUGGUACAAAUCACCGCAGCCCAUCUGUGAGAAAUCGUUUAAUUGUACAGUAAAUCUAGCCUCAGAAAAAGGAAUUUGUCCAUAUUUUUUUGGUUGGGCUAUAACUAUAUCCAACCCCUUCACACAGACAUUUGGAUAAAACAAGAAAAAUACAAACUGUAUAUUUUUUAGUUCAUUGCCAAAGGUAUUUUUUGCAGUCAAAUAACAAUAUUUGCAUUGAAUAGCAGGUCAUUUAUCAAAGUUUUUUUUUAUUAUAAUUUUUUUUUUGUAAAACCAAGAAAGUCAAAGUACUUAUGCCUUAAUGUGUAUAUAUUUAUUUUACACUUCAUGAACAGGGAAGGGCUAUUUUUAAUAUGAUCUUCAUAAUAAUACAUGUUUAUUAAUAAUAAUUAUUUAGUAUUAUCAGUUUGACUGUUUUUAUAUAAAAUUAUUAUGUAUUUGUAUGCCAUGGGAAUAUAUUUUUUUUGUUAAGUUUUUCUCUUUUUUAAGAGGGUGUUCAUGUAUUGCAUUGUCAUUUUUACAUGUAGAAUAUUUUCAGAUAUAAUGUAUACUGUGUCAAAUAAAAU